ACAUGCAGGCAGGUGGAAGCAGUUGCUUUCAGAAGAAGCAGAAGAGGAGGAGUGUUGCGGAUUAUUCAGACAGGUCGGACUGGUUUUGCGCUCCGUUUGCGCUUCUCUCGUUCAUUCACUGGCAGGAGCAGAAGUUAACUUUUUCUAUACGUCUCGGCCCUGAAAGCGAGCUUCAACAUGCCCGAGGAGGAAGACAGCUAUGGAAAACACGGUGAACCCUUCAAACACGACCCCUCCUUCAAGGGACCCAUCCAGAACAGAUCCUGCACCGAUAUCGUCUGCUGCAUCCUCUUUAUUGUCGCUAUACUCGGCUAUAUUGCAGUGGGAAUACUUGCCUGGUCCCAAGGCGAUCCAAGGAAGGCGAUCUACCCAACAGAUAGUAGAGGCGACUUCUGCGGACAGGCCGGGACUCCACUCGAGAAUAAGAGGAAGUUGUUCUACUUCAACAUCAUGAAGUGUGCCAGCCCCAUGGUGCUGCUUUCAUUCCAGUGUCCAACCACACAGCUGUGUGUGGAGACGUGUCCAGACAAGUUCAUGACCUUAACCAAAGCCUAUACCAACGACAAAGACUUUGAUUACUACAAAACAUUCUGCAAGGAGACUGUGACGCGUUCAAUGAGUCUACCAGACAUUCUUCGUGAUCGUCUCUGCCCCUCUAUGCUGAUCCCCAGCAAGUCAUUCACCCGUAGGUGCUUUCCGGAUUUGGGCCUAAAAGGAGGUGUAGUAACUGUCGGAAACAGCACCAAGUUUGAGGAUGGAGAUGGAAAAAUGAGGGAUGCUAAAGAUCUUGUGGAUGGAGUAAAGAAUGCCACUGUGGUCAUGGAGGCUCGUCAGGUGGUUAUGAAAAUCUUUGAGGAUUACACUCAUUCCUGGUACUGGAUCCUUAUAGGGCUGGUCAUCGCCAUGCUCCUCAGUCUGCUGUUCAUCGUCCUCAUGCGCUUCCUGGCCGGCGUCAUGAUCUGGAUCAUCAUCAUCGCUGUGAUAGCUGUAAUAGGAUACGGAAUCUUCCACUGCUACAUGGAGUAUGCCAACCUGAAGAACGAGCCGGGCGCUAACGUGACUCUGCAGGAGCUGGGCCUCCAGACAGACUUCACCGUCUACCUGCACAUCAGACAAACAUGGCUGGCCUUCAUGAUUAUCCUGGCCAUCGUGGAGGUCAUCAUCAUCCUGCUGCUCAUCUUCCUGCGGAAGAGGAUCCUCAUUGCCAUUGCUCUCAUCAAAGAGGCCAGCAAAGCCAUUCGAUACAUGAUGUGUUCCAUGUUUUACCCGCUGUUCACCUUCUUGCUCCUGGCAAUAGUCGUCGCUUACUGGGCCGUAACUGCUGUCUUCUUGUCCACUUCCAAUGAGGCCAUCUACAAAGUGGUCAAUCAGUCGGCUUGUGUGCACUCUGGAGAAAAUUGUGAUCAUGCUAACUAUUCCACAAGUAAGAUGAAAGCAGACUGCCCGGAGUCAGAGUGCAAUUUUGCCUUCUACGGCGGAGAAACGGUUUACCACAAGUACCUGAUUGCCCUGCAGUUCUACAAUGUCUUCCUCUUCUUCUGGUGCGCCAACUUCGUCACCGCUCUGGGACAGAUGUCUUUAGCUGGGGCUUUCGCCUCCUACUAUUGGGCCUACUCCAAGCCAGGCGACAUCCCCACCUUCCCGGUGUUUUCCUCCAUGGGGAGAUCUCUAAGGUAUCACACAGGGUCUCUGGCGUUUGGUUCUCUAAUCUUAGCAAUCGUUCAGAUCAUCAGAGUUCUGCUGGAAUAUUUGGACCACAAGCUGAAAGGAGCCCAAAACAAAUUUGCAAAGUUCCUGCUGUGCUGUCUGAAGUGCUGCUUCUGGUGUUUGGAGAAAUUCAUCAAGUUCCUGAACAGAAACGCCUACAUUAUGGUGGCGAUCCAUGGCAAAAACUUUUGCGCCUCUGCAAUGAAUGCUCUCAAUCUCCUCAUGAGAAACCUUCUCAGGGUCGCUGUCGUAGAUAAGGUGACGGACUUCCUGUUGUUUUUGGGAAAACUGCUCAUCGUUGGGCUUGUGGGGGUCUUUGCCUUCUUUUUCUUCUCUGGAAGAGUGAAAGCCUUUGAGAAUACAGCUCCCAACCUGCACUAUUACUGGGUGCCAAUCCUGACUGUGGUGAUUGGCUCGUAUCUCAUCGCCCACGGGUUCUUCAGUGUAUACGACAUGUGUGUGGACACGCUGUUCCUCUGUUUCUGUGAAGACCUGGAACGCAAUGACGGCUCACCUGCGAGGCCUUAUUACAUGUCAACAACUAUCCGGGAGAUUCUGUGGAAGGGCGAGGUGGCAGAUCAGAGUGCCUCUGCUGCACUGCAGCCUCAGGAUGAAGACGGCGCGCUGAAAAAUCCCCAGGAGAAGGACGAACUCUAAAGAUGAGGACUUUGUGCUGAAUUAGAAGGGCAACAAAAAGUGUGGUGAUCCUCCGUUUUGAGGAGCAGAAACAUUGAUGAACAAUACGACGACAAAUUGCCUUAAAUGGAACCAUUUAGUUACAAAUAGCCGUUGAAAAGCUUCCUUUUUAUUAAUAUUAGAAAACUUAAGGUGAUGAUUAAAUGUAACGCGUCCUAUACCAAUACAGGUAUCGCCGUAUCGGAUUAGUUCCGCCGAUACUGAUCCGAUACAGAAAAAUGGUGCCGAAUUGACUUAAAAUUUAUAUAUAUUUUUUGGACGAGUACAGCUCACUUUAAUACACCGCUAGCUUCACAAGCUUGGUCAAACAUGUAAAAACACAACUUUAAUUUGUUCAAUCAGUGCAGCAAGGACUGUAACAGCUAAUGUAAAAAUAAAUUAUAAAGAAACUGACAAAAACAAUAAGUUUACUACUUUGGUCAAACGUGUAAAAAUAACUUGCAACUUUCAUUAAAAAUAAAUUAGGAAUAAUUCAGCACCAUUUUCCUUGCUUGGUUUGUUUAGACCAAACCUCAUGAGUGGUUUUCACUGCUCAACAGUUGACGUUUCCAUUGCUUAUUCAUCAUUGAGAAAUUUGGCCAAUGCAUUAUCGUUUGAGUACUUUUGUAAAAUGUUCAGAAGUCUAUGAAGUGAAGAAUUUCUGACAGGAUGGGAUUCAAAUUUGAAGCGUUUCUUCAAAGUGCAGUAGCACAGUAGCGUACUUUUCUUCUUUGGGGAUUGUGUUCAUCUCCUCAGUUAAACCAGUGGGAAACUCUGGCUGCCAUUUUGACACUUUUGCCUUUUUAAAUGGUUGCUUCUGCAACCAGUGGAAACUUGACGGCCAUGUUGUGCCUCUGGUCCUCCAUUUCUACUAAGACUGUAAAACAUUAGGUAGCUUUAAAACUAAUGUCCAAAAAACUACAACAUCCUGCACUUUAUUUCAACACUAAGCCAUAUUUCAUUUUAUUCUAUCUGUAGCUGCGUUCCAUCGACCAUAUAAUUACACAAUUUAACACUUUGAAAUUAAAGAUGCUUCAUGCAAACAUGACAAUUUUGGAAAAAUUCUUGUUUUUCGAUGAAAAGUUUGUUAGAAUGCAGUUUUGGUUUAUUUCCCAAAACUGUAGUUGAAACACUUUCUUUGCGUCACACAAGUCACAUGAUCAACAACCGGACGUUUUAAUUGGUGCAAACCACCAAGACAGGAAGUGGUAGGAGGAUCAUGGCAUGGCAUGUUUUUAAUGACUUAUCAUGCGAACAAAGGUAUUCACAUAGGAUUUUAAUUGCUUUUCUUAUUUAACUGAAACACUGCAAUUACAAAAUUUCUGGGGCGUUUAUGACAUUAGCAGAAUAUUGACAGAGUUUUGAGAUUUGUAAUGAAAACGCAGCUACUGGCACUUCCAAGACGAAGCAAGGUUUAUGAUUUUUAUUUUCUAGGUUGUAGAUGUUUGACAACUCUUCCAAACAUAUUGUUGGUUGAACAGUUUCCUCAUCCAUAUGAACAGUUCACUGUGAUGAAGAAUGACUACGACUGCAUGUUUCUGUUUGAACUAUUAAAGCUGGAUGCCUUUUGUUCCUAUUAAACAAACAAGUCUUUGUCUCUGAAA